UCACAUACUCGUCAACGCCUUCUGAAAUAUUACAGGAAAACUGAAGAAAAAUCAAAAUUUUUGUGUUUACAAAUUUUUAAUCAAAUUGGGAGUUUAGCUGCUAUCCCGAGGGUUACCAAUGGAUGCCGGGCACAGAAAGGUGAUAGUUGUGGAAUCGAAAAGCAACUACGACAAGCUCAUCGAGGAUGCGGGGGCCAACAAAUAUGUUCUAGUCGAGUUCUAUGCCACCUGGUGUGGUCCUUGCGCGAUGAUUGGGCCCCGUUUAGAGCAACUGGCAACGGAAUACUCCGGACGGAUGUUAAUUCUCAAGAUCGACGUGGAUCAGAACGAAGAUCUGGCCGUCCAGUACGAGGUCAGCAGCAUGCCUACGUUCCUGAUCAUCAAGAACCGGGUAACACUCAUCCAAUUCGUGGGCAGCAAUGUCGAUAGAGUGGUCACCACGGUGGAAAAAUUUGUGGGCAAGGUUGAGGAGGCUAAGGAGAGAAAACCAAGCCAAGCUGCUCCUUUGACAAAACUGUAAGGAUUUCGAAAAAUAUAUAUCUUUCGGGUAUUUUUAAACGAUCUGUAAUGCAAAUUAAAGUGUGUGGAAAAAUGUUA